AUGAUCGGGUGGGCAAAAUCAAUCGUGGGGGCGAAACCGAACGGGUGGAGGGCCCCCCGGAGGUGGCUGCCAACCGGCGGAGAGCGGCGGAGGCUAUUCGGGUCAAGCAGCCCAACAGAUGAACUCACCAAAAAAAUAAUCAUCGAGAGUAACUACGGACACAUCAAACAGUUGAAGAGCCAACAGUUGAGAGUACUCUCAGAAAAUUGCUGCAACAAAAAGAUCCGAGACGUAGUCUUAUGGAGUGAGAUAUCUAGAAGUGCUAUUAACCGAUGUGACGAAUUUAAAUAUUUCGACGCAGUGCUGCUGCUGAGUUCGUUUGAAAAAAUGAACAUGGCAGAUGAUCACUUAUACAAAACGUUCGCCCAUGUCUUUGUGAAGCAGAUAAAUCAUAUGGAGCCCAGGCACUUGAUCCUCCUCAUAAAUUUAUACUGUAAAGCGAACUUAUUUCCACGGGUAUUAUUUGUGCAAGUUUUUCACGCCAUCGUUAGAUACUGUUCGAAGUUUUACCCAGAGGAGUACACCGACUUGCUAAUAUGUUUUGCGAGCUUAAACAUUUCGAAUGGAGAUUUGAUGAAGACGCUCUGUAAAUCGAUGGUGCAGAAUGUCACCCUCUUUGAUUACAACCACCUGUGUUGCAUCGUUGGGUGUCUGCGCCGUUUGGGCGUCCAAGACGAUGUGAUAUAUUACGUGCUGGAUGAGAAGCAACAGAAGGAGCUAAAGCUGAUGACCACCCAGGAGCUGUUCGAUUGCAUGAAGAAGGUGAAGCUACUUAAAUACAGUUGGGAGUUAUACGAAAAGGAUUUACUUGAGGAAUUUAAAAACCGCAUUGCAAAAUUCCAGGGGGAGAAGGACGUCAACCAGCUGGAGGACCCCUUCGUUUGCUUAAACUUUCUAGUGUCCAAACAGCAUGUUACGAAGAACUUUCUCAUCGCGCUUAGCAAAUGGUGUGCUUCUCACGUGUAUGAAUACCCUUCGCGGUCCGCCAAGCGACCCCUCGCCUAUCAACUUAUUAUGCUCUACCAACUUAUGAAAGAACAUGAUGUUAACAAUUAUCAUUUUAUUGAAAAGGCCAUCCAUAGGUUCGUCGUAAGUCGGGGGGGGUUGGCUGUCAACCGGGACAAGAUGGCCAAGCCGGUUUCCUACCAGAGGGGGCGCAAGUACGUUUUCGCUCGGGACCCCCUCGAGGGGGGUGGCACAGCGGAAGUGGGGGCAACGGAAGUGGGGGCGGCGCAUGUGGACGCGUCAAGCGACCGUCUCGCUGACCAGCCCACUGGGGAGGACUUCUAUCUUCACGAGGGCAUAGCGCACCGAAUGGGCGAAGACGAUGGGUAUGACGGGCAUACCCCCCCGCAGCGUUACGCCCACCCGGAGGAGCCGCCCCCCAUGACGGAGAAACAGCGGGCCAUCGCCCUCAGCCUGGGGGAAGGCACCGAGCGCAAAAAACCCUCCACGCAUUCGCACGGAAGGCACUUCAACUUUAAGCUGCGGCAGCGGCCGAAGAGGGUGAAAAAUGCGGCCGUCCCGGUUGACAUGUAA